GGACUGGACCGCCCUACAAUCUUCUACUGACUACUGAUAGUUUCUGAGCAGAAGUUCAUACAUACAGGGUGGCGCCAAGGACAAUGCAUAAAUCAAUCCUCCUCAGCUUAGGGUUGCUUCUCGUCGCAACUGCAAACCCAGUACCAAACGAGAACAUUCAACGUCUCUCAAAGAUUCCCGCAUCUUCUUCUCAAGAGUACUUCUUUGGCGGUGAUCAGACGGGCACAAGCAGACCGUUUACUCCCGGUCAUCAAGAUCCCUACGAUCGCAAAGUCGAUCCAGUAGGCGAUGACUUGGAACCACUUCCAUAUCGGAAUGGAGAUGGUGCUACGGUAAUGGGUCCUCGAAACAGAGACCGUGAACGACAGAAUCCGGAUCUUGUCAGGCCGCCGAGUACAGAUCAUGGGACGUUGAGUAAUAUGCGUUGGAGUUUUGCCGAUUCGCAUACCCGGAUUGAGGAAGGAGGCUGGACCCGUCAGACAACCAUCCGCGAACUCCCAACCAGCAAAGAACUAGCCGGCGUAAACAUGCGUCUCGACACAGGCGUAAUCCGGGAAUUACACUGGCACAAAGAAGCCGAGUGGGCAUUCAUGUUAUCCGGUAACGCGCGAGUGACAGGACUCGAUACCGAGGGGGGAAGUUUUAUCGACGAUGUCGAAGCAGGAGACUUGUGGUAUUGGCCUCCGGGCCAUCCGCAUUCGAUUCAGGGAUUGGGGCCCAACGGGACGGAGUUUUUGCUGAUUUUUGAUGAUGGGAACUUUUCGGAGGAUUCGACUUUUUUGCUUUCGGAUUGGAUGGCGCACACACCAAAAUCAGUCUUGAGUGAAAACUUCCGCAUUCCCCCUGAAAUCUUCAACUCGAUCCCCAAAUCCGAAAAAUACAUCUUCCAGGGCAGUAAACCCGGCUCAAUCUCGGCUGAAAAGCCAAAAGGAUUUAAGAAGUCUACCAAAAGUUUCACACACAAAAUGCUCGCUCAAGAACCAGAAAUCACAUCCUCAGGCGGCGAAGUGCGCAUCACAGACUCAAAACGCAACUUCCCCAUCUCCAAAAGUGUAGCUGCGGCACACCUCAAAAUCAAUCCGGGCGCAAUAAGGGAAAUGCACUGGCAUCCUCACGCCGAUGAAUGGUCCUAUUUCAUCCGUGGCCGGGCACGAGUCACCGUCUUCGCGGCCGAAGGGAACGCACGAACAUUUGAUUACAUGGCCGGGGACGUGGGUAUUGUGCCGAAAAACAUGGGCCAUUUUGUCGAGAAUCUGAGUGAUGACGAACCCCUGGAAAUGUUGGAGAUAUUCAGAGCAGAUGAGUUUUUGGAUUUUUCUCUGUUUCAGUGGCUUGGAGAGACGCCGCAGAGGUUGGUGGCGGAGCACGUGUUUAAGGAUGAUAAGAAAGCGGCCAAGAUGUUGUUGGAGCAGAUUGAGGGGGGCGAGAAGGAUCCGAUUAAGGAGAAGUUUGAGUAUUAGACCCUAUCGGAUUGAUACGGCUAUGAAUUGGAGUAUGCGGGGCGUAUAUGAUAUUGACAAGUGGGAUGUUUAUUGUCAGGAAGAUUAUGCUGAGAUUCACAGCUAUUGUCCGCGUGCCAGAGGAGCAUGGACUGAGUGCCCAAUUAAAUGCCGAAGAUCAUUAGUAAUCAUGGACUCGAGGAAAAUCAUAUAUUUGGAACCGCAAUGGUAGCUAUACUGAAAGCGAGCCUUGGAAACUGGGUCACAAUAAUCCGAAAACCUCUCUCUUAGAGUCUUUUAUCACAGGGAUUUGAUCAUCCAGCUGAUAGGAAAUGAGUAUUCUAUAGCCAUUUUUAU